GGGGACUCUCUUGGGACCUUCCCUCUCAUCCCUCUCUUCUAUCCCAACCUUUCUCUUGCUCCUCUAAUUCCUUGUGAGAUUCUUGAACUUUAAUUGAACUUUUGAGAUUGAGUUAAGUUCUCCUCCUACAGCUUACCCCCUAAUGCGUCGAAAGCCAUAGCGUCGCGAAUACUUCAUCAAUCAACGUGUUUCAAAUUGGGAACGAUGCGGAUUCUCAACCGGUACAACCUCGACCACAUCGUGAACGCCGACCAAACCCCCCUCUUCAUCGAAAUGCCCCAGGAGAGGACGUUGGAGCACAGAGGCUCCCGUACGGUGCAUGGCGAGAGCGGCUACAUCAACCCCCUCUACGACGCCUUCAUCGAUGUGGACGGGGACGUCGCCGACGACGAAGAGGCGGAUGCGGCGUCGCUGGCGGCUGACGACAUCGACUGUGCUGAAGCGGCAACCGAAGCAGCUGAGACGAGCGCAGACAAUGCAGAGACUGCAUCAGCAGCAGCAGCAAGUGUUGAUGUGUGGCCGGCAGAAGGCAUUGCAGAGGAGGAUGACGACAACUGCUGGUGGGAUGAGCUUGCAGAUGGGAGCGACGUCGAGAUGUGGCAGGCUGGUGAUGAGGAGCCUGAGGAGGACGACUAGAGCAGUGGCAGAGGCAUGAGUAUCUGGCGUA